AUGUCGGCCGAGCGAGUCAAAGACAAGAAAGGAGAGAUUAUUAAUGAGGGUGACCAUGUCUACACCCGCUAUCGGGGCGGAUCUCACGAAGGAGAUGUUGAAAGAAUUGUGAUGGAUCAAGCCGAAGCGGACGAGGAGAACGUCGCGAAUCCUCCCAAGGUGCGAGGACGAUGCGAUUUCGCCCCCACUACCCCUAAUACAUUGUCUCAGAAAGUCAACGACGCGAAUGCUAACGCUUGA